AUGAUUUUGAUAUUCCUAAAAUAAAUCAAUCAAUAAAAACUUUUUAUAAAAAAACUUCCAAAAAGCGUCUCGUUAUUUUAGGAACAAUUUAAGGAAAUUUCCAUCAUCUUUAGGAGUAAACUAUUAAUUUUCAUUUGAAGGAUUUUUCAAUAUAGCUCAUAUGGCGAAUCAGACAUUGAAUUCUUCAUAUAAUAUGUUUUAUGGGAUCCAUCUGGACUAUUAUUCUGUGACCUUAUUCAAUCACUUCACAAGAAUAUAGAGGGCGAGCUACACAAUUUACUAUGGCAAUUGGUUAACUACUGUGGGCUAAAGCCAUUAAUGAGGGUGAAGGUUUUGAAACCUUUGAUUGCAAAUAGAAAGUAAUAGUAGAAAGAAUAGGAUUGAAGA